AUGCAGGCACGAGGAGACCCAGCGAUCAAACUCGUGUUGCUAGGAAAUGGCUCUGUGGGCAAGUCCAGUCUCAUUGCUCGCUUCGUGGACGAUGGCUUUGCUCGCGUGUACAAGCAGACAAUCGGGCUCGACUUCUUUGAGAAGAAGCUGCAACUACCGCGCGACCAGCGAAUUGUGUUGCAGGUGUGGGAUAUAGGAGGCCAGACAAUCAACAGUAAGAUGCUGAGCAAGUACCUCUUCGGUGUUCAUGUGGCGCUACUAUGUUACGAUGUGACAGACGCUCAGUCUUUCAGUGACGUCGAGGACUGGCUGCGAGUAGCCAACGAGAAUGGCAGCAAGCAGAUGAAUUUGCACCUCGUGGGUAACAAGACGGACCUUGUCGCUCACCGCGUCGUCUCGAAUGAGAAGCAUGAAGCUUUCAUUCGACAGCAUAAACUGCUUGGUGGUUUCCUCGUGUCAGCGCAGAGUGGAGACAAUGUACUCAAGACCGUAUACCGCAUAUCAGCAGCUGCAGCGAACAUCUGCGUGUCUGAAUUCGAGCUCUCUUUCUGUGAUAAAGUAGUACGCGCAGUGAUACCCGACGCGAGUAAUGGAAAGCAGGGCGAACAGGAGGCUCGUACAGCGAUGGCGGAUGAGAUCGAGGCAGAAGACAUAGCGAAUGAAGCGCUCAAAUCCCGGAAGACACGACCCUGUUGCCUUCUCAUGUAG